AUGGAUGGCUGUCUAGACUCCAGGCGAGACUUUGCUCCAUCGGAGGUUUUGAAAUGUCUCCAAUUCAUACUGCAGCCUGCUGCUAUACUAGCUCUUCAUCAAAUUACUAUAAAGUCGGAAAAUCCUCUGAACGAGGAGCAGAAGGACGCCCUGAAGGCUCUACACAUGGUCUCUCUCAUGAUCCCCGUUGGCCAGGAAAAGAGCCACACAACGGCUGCCGAUGAUCAGGAAGCACUCGGUGAAUAUUUAAGGAUUGCAAAAAUACAAAUCGAGCAAGAGACGGAACUAGUGCUCCAAGAAAUGAUCGCGAAGCAGCAGCAGACCAAAGAAAAACAGCGGGCGGCAAAGGAACGCAAUCGAGUAAAGAGAAAAGCAGACGCUGAAGGAUCAAGAGAAGAUUCUGAGACUGAAGAAGAACAGGACGAGACUGAAAGUCAUGCUGGUUCUCGUAAAAGGCCUAAAACAACCACUGCCGGCGAUGAACCAAGUUCACAGCCACCGAACCCUAGAGCGCCAAACCCUGUCAACAAAAACACGGACACCACCACCAGAAAGACUCGUAAAUCUACGCGACCUGUAGGGGAAGGUGGCGGGAGUACAAACAAAACCCUGGACCAUCCGCCGACACCACCGAAUACCCCCCAAACAAAACCUCGUGGCCGUCCUCCCGCCCGUCCAAAGAACACCACAACCAAGCCGCCGCCUAUCAACGAGCAAAGUCCUAUAUGGCGCACAGUCCGUCAGCUCGACGACCUUAAACUUCAUCACUCGCUCAAAUCAAUGCUCAAUGCAGACGACUUAUCCCCCUCCCUCCUUUUAGAGGGGCAGAACGAACCCGAGCUUACCAUCUUGCCCCGUGGAGAUCAAGAGGCUACAGGCCCGAACUCGCUUGAGGAGGGGAUUAUGCGUUGCUUCAUGUACGCCCUUACAUCUCAGUCGAAGGGCAUAUAUGGACGCAUGAGGGAAUUGUUCGUGACGCUGUUUUUGGGAGAUUACGCGGACCAGGAGUUCGGUAAAACCGGACAUAUCAAUCAAGCCAAGGCCAAAAGGAUGGUGAAGAAGCUGAUUCAAGCUCACGAUAAGGCAGGCGCUGAUGACCAAGGGCCCUUACCAGACGGCAUGAAGGUGUCGGAGCUUGAAGAGAAGCUGGUGGACCAGAUGCCAAAGAUGCGCGUCAGAGGAAGAGUUUUGGUUCACCUGUGCUACAUAUUUGGGACUGGAUGCUUGUUUUGGCUGCAGGACGUUCUGACUGAGAAUUUUCUGAACCGCAACGCCCCACUUUCUGGCCAGUACUAUGAUGCCGCGAUGAUUCAUCUUCUGGAUUUGAAACUUGCCACAACGGCGGAGGACAGUAAGGGCAACGAAAUUGGGGAUGCUGUGCGAGCGAAGUUGGCACAGGUGUUUGGCGUGAAGAAAGUCAGCCAUGACAAAGGAACCAGAUCACAGCCGAACUGA